AUGGUAUCCAUCACAAGCGAUUAUAUCAGCGUCGGCGGAAAUAGGCAUCCCGCCGCCGCCGACUGGGAUGUUCAGUCCGGGGUGCUUGCCUUUGGUGCAGACAACAAUGUGGCUUUGUGGGACCCUAAGGAUAAGUUUCAGUGUGGGGUCUACUCUCUUCUUGUCGGUCAUACCGACAAGGUCAAUGCUGUUAAAUUUUGUACAUGUCCCACUACGAGCACAAAAUUCCUUAUCACUGCCUCUGCCGAUCACACAGUCCGGAUAUGGCAAGCUGUAACAGGUACCCGUCUCCAAUUCAAGCAUGCGCAAACCCUAGAAGGUCAUACAAGCUCGAUAAACACAAUCGCUGUCUGUGAUGGAGCGGGUCUCGUUGCAUCGGGGGCGGCAGAUGGAAGUGUUAAAAUUUGGAGGAUAACGUUCCAGGACGAAGGAGCUAAGAGCGAGCUACUCACAACCAUAAUUAUGAAACCACGCUUUUUCCCUCUGGCAUUGGCACUCAAGUCGCUCCAGGCAGAUGGACCCAUGAUAUUGGCAGUCGCAGGUACUACAAAUAUCGUACAUAUUUACAUCCUUGAAGACCUCCUCGGUGAUACUAGUUUCAGGCUUGCUGCUGUGCUAUCUGGUCACGAGGCUUGGGUGCGCUCUCUGUCGUUCACGCGGGAUAAGCAGAGCAAAACAGGAGACAUCCUGCUCGCAUCUGCUAGUCAGGACAAGUAUAUCCGUCUCUGGCGAAUUCAACGCGGGGAGGUUACCCUUGCAGCGCCGGCAGGAGACGAGGAUCCCGUGCUAGGCGAACUCGAACCGACAUUAUCAAACAAAGCUCAUCAAUUUAAUGCAGCGGGGUCGAAGUACUCUGUUACCUUUGAAGCUCUUCUGUUCGGAAAUGAGGACUGGAUUUACACGACUACAUGGAACCCCAACCCCGAACGUCAACAGCUUCUCUCUGCUUCUGCGGAUAAUACGUUGACCAUCUGGGAACAAGAUACCGUCUCGGGAGUUUGGGUUUCGGCUGAAAGGAUGGGGGAAAUUAGUGUUCAAAAAGGGUCUACUACAGCUACAGGUAGCACUGGUGGGUUCUGGAUUGGCCUCUGGUCACCGGACGGUAACCAAGUAGUAAGCCUUGGGCGAACAGGCAGCUGGAGGGCAUGGAGCUAUGAUGCAGAUGCGGACGUCUGGGUGCAGACACUGGGCAUAUCGGGACAUGUGCGCUCGGUUAAUGGUGUACGGUGGGAACCGUCUGGGGGCUAUUUAUUGUCUACCAGUGCAGACCAGACGACUCGGCUUCAUGCACAGUGGCUACGAGAUGGAAAACAGUCGUGGCAUGAGUUCUCAAGGCCACAGAUUCACGGUUACGAUCUGAACUGUGUCGAUACAUUGGGACCUGCGCGCUUCGUUUCCGGCGCAGAUGAGAAGCUUUUGCGGGUGUUCAACGAGCCCAAACCAAUUGCUAAGUUACUAGAGAAACUUUCUGCAUUCAAGCAAUUAGCAGAGGGAGAACUGCCAGAUACGGCUCAGAUCCCAGUUUUGGGUCUCUCAAACCAAUCGAUGGGAGAAGCUCCAAUGGGCGAGGGAGAAGGGGAGGAGGCAAAUGCCACCAAUAUUGGCCAAGCCAGGCAAAUCAGACAAUACUCUCGGAUUCAAAUCAGCCACCCUUAG